GAACGCAUUGCGGAGAGGAUUGGGAAGCCUAUCCCAGUUGAUCGAGCUACUCAAACUAAAGAUUGUGGAAAGUACGCCCGUGUUAGCAUUGAGGUUGACCUUACAAAGACACUGCUAUCGCAGUUCAAGAUUGAAGGGAUUACCUACCACGUGGAGUUCGAGAGUUUUCAUCGUAUAUGCACCGAGUGUGGCAAGUAUGGACACUUGAAAGUUACUUGUCCCACUUUGUUUAAAAACCAAAGCAAUAACCAGCCCACGUCUACUCCCCAAGUUGAGCAGAGCAGUGCACCAACUAGUGUUUAUGGGGAAUGGAUGAUGGCCAAACCCCAAAGAAAAGGACCUAACAGAAGCCAGAAGGACAAAAGAGAGAUACAUUGGUCUGAUAAAGUCAAGGGCUCAUGCUAUGCAGUGCUUAUCGAGGAGGACACUAGCUCGCAUAAGGAAAUUAGCAGGGAGGUAUCCCAAGAGAACCAGAAGGACAAGGAGGCUGUGACACAUGCAAUGGUGACUGGGGAGACUGAUGGAGUUGCGGAGCCAAUACCUCCUACCACUGCAAAUGAUAAUGGAGCUAUUCCAUUGUCGAGACAAAGGAACCAACCACUGGGAACUGAAGACAAGACAACCCAGUGGAGAAGCGGAAUACACAGGUGGAGAGAGCUGGGGCACAACAUCUGCAGUUGGGCAACGUGUGCAAGAAGAAUGGGCAUUCUCACUAUCCUGUCCAUUCCUCUAAGGGGGACGGAGGAGCAAGACGUGUUGAUCUGGAUGCAUAGUGAUUAUGGCUAUUUCUCGGCCAAAAGUGGGUACAUGAAGUGGCUUGGUGAGUUCAAGUUGGAGCGGUCGGGUUUGGCUUGGGACUCCCUGGGAGCUAGCAUUUGCCAUGCAUGGGGUGCUGAACUGCAUGGAAUGGGUUCAAGAGCUAUUGAAGACUGA